AUGGGUGAUUAUCCAGUAUCAGUGAAAGAUCUUCAAACUCUUAUAGAUAAAUAUUCAAAAUUAGAUCAUAAUUUAGUUUUGUCAGAUAUAUACGUCAAAGAUAGACAGAAUUAUGCAUCGUGCUUGAAAAUUUCAUCAACAAAUGUUUUAGAUAUACUAGAUCAAAAUAAAACUACAUUUGUAACUCAUUGUUAUGUAACAAUAUUACGUUUUGUAACUCUUGCUUAUAUUGAUAAAACAACAGAUAUAUUGAAGAGAUUAUUUUUUGCAUGGUCAAAUGUCUUUAUUUGUCGACUUUGGUUUACAUGGAUAAGACAUAAACUAAUAAUUGAUACAGAAAAAAAAGCCAACACAGCCAAAUACCGCCUUACAAAAAAAUUGAGCACCAUUUUAUGA